AUGUUGAUUAGGGGAGGUGGUCAGGUAGAGGCCGCCUUGGUACAGGAGCAUCAGUGUGCAAAGCUGAAGCAGGAUUCCCUGGGCACUGAAUGUAGGAUACAGCGUAGGCACGAGGCCUAGUUCCGUGGAGUGCAGGAAGGAUGCCCAUCUGUUAUGUUAACCGGUCUCCAGUGCUACAGUUUUAUCACGUUACCUUGACAUCCCUGCUAAUUCUUUAGUGUUGCCAUGGAAACCGACCAGUUAUGCAAACAAACUGGGGCAAAUGUAGCAUCUAUCAGCUGUGAGAAAAUUGACUGUAUUCGCUAUGAUGCCAGCUCUGGGAAGGUGGAAACUUCUCAUAGUUCGACUGUACUUGUCCUGGACCAACAAACACCAGGGAAGCAAAAGAAAACCCCAUUCAAAUUUUUUGCAGGUAGAAAGUGCAUUUGUACUCUGCCAAGCUUCUUUGGAAAGCACAAGGGUACCAGCAAGGGAGGCUCAAGGAAACUACUGAGCAAAAGCAAAACCCAUGAUGGCAUCAGUGGUGUACCUGAAGAGGAUGGGAAGAAAGCUUUUUCUUCUAAUAACCCGAGUGGGCAUGAGCAUACAAUGCCGGGGGAUAGCUUGCCCAGCUCACAUAGUGCAGACUCUGGCAUUACCUCCCCUGUGAAGUUGGAUUUUAACUUUCAUGAUUCGUUCCUUGCAGGCAGCACAGAAUGUUUUGACAAAAAACUAAAUGGAGAGAAAUCACAGUCUUUUCCCAGACCAAAGAAAGGAUUAAAGGGUCUGUUCAGCAGCAUCCGCUAUCAUAAGAAGAACAAAUCAUGCGCUACAGAGAAAUGUGAACGUUCUGAUCAUUGUGUUUCAUCAAUCAAUUUCCAGCAAGUAAAUAAGGAAUGUCUGACUGAGGAGAGUUGCAGUGAACAAACAAAUCUACCCUGUGUUGACACCUCAUCUCCAGGGUACUCCCUUGAUGCGGCACAUGAAAAAGAAGCAAUAGUAGAAUGUUCUGCCAGCAUCCCAAGGGUUCCCUCCCCUACAGAUAAGUACUUGGAAACCGAUACAGUUGGUUCUGUGAACCAAAACCCUACCAUAGAAACAGAAAGCACCCUCCCUUGUUCAAUUGAUGACACAGAAUGUUGCCAGACUGUAAAUGCAGACUUCAAAGACAGGGAUCCUCCAUCUGUGCCUGGGGGUGAACAGGCCAACCUUAUAUUUGAAGAUGUUUCUUCUCUAAAAAGUUUUGACUCUCUAACUGGCUGCGGGGAUAUAAUUGCUGACCAAGAAAUUGACAACAUAAGCGAUACAGUUUCAUUGGAGCGGAGCAGGGAGGCUACAAAGAGAAGCUCCUGCCUUGUUACUUACCAAGGUGGUGGAGAGGCAAUGGCAACACCGGAUGACACGGAAGAAGAGUAUUUUCACCAGCUGUUAGAUGAGAACAGUGAAUCAGAAAAGGUUUAUGACGUGAACAAAGAGAAAGAAAACAAUGAAAUGCCAAAGGGCUUUAUUUGUCUGGAGACUACUGAUUAUCAUUUGGGUGUUAAAGAUCCAUUUGAUAGAACCGUUACGUGCAACACAGACUUGCUGACCCCACAAAGUGAUCAACAAGAGUCUGCUCCAAACAGUGAUGAAGGAUACUAUGAUUCCACUACACCUGGUCCUGAUGAGGAAACCAGAGAAGGCUUCACGCCAAAGGAAAGACUUCCAAGAGACAGCUAUAGCGGUGAUGCUCUUUAUGAGUUCUAUGAGCCUGAUGACAAUCUCAUGAGCCCUGAACCUGGUAGUGAGUCUCUGUAUGAGAGUAAAACACCUUGUUCUGAUAUUUAUGAUCACUUUUUUGAUUUUAGCCUUCAUGCUGACAGUGGAUUGAUUCUAGAUGCUAAACACAAAAAAUGUGCAACAGAGACAGAGGAGGAGAGAUUGGCAGUGAUUCAGAAACAGUUGCUGUUCUGGGAGCGGCAAAGAGAGGCAGUUCUGAAGGGAACUGCUCAUGUAAUUCCAGAUAUAUUAUCCAAAGAAAAUAAAAAUAAUGAAUGUGAAAACAGAGCUGCUGUUUUAAUGGACAGGAGCAAGAGUUGCCUUGAUAGUGAACUUGCAAAACUACAAAAUACAAGCAAGGAUGGCGUUCACAAAGGAAUUCAAAAUGUGCAAAUGGGGAAAGCACGAUGCAAAGAUAUUCGGCAAAUGUCCUUUACUAAUUUCCAGGGUAUUUAUAGCCAAAACUCAGAGAGUAGUUGCCUUACCCAUGACACUGGUUUUGAGUUCAAUGUUGGUACCCUUGAAGCUCAAGAUCAGGGUAUCAUCAGAAAAGCAAGUGCUGGCAGUUUUUCAACUUCUAAGAUAACUCCUGUGCAUCAUGUCCAGAAUGUAUUUUGCCCUGACUAUGAUUUGCAAAAUGAAUGUGAGCUGACUUCCAAAUCAUCUGAAGCGUUGGCAGACUUCAGUAGCGGAAUGUUGUUUUCAAGCAUCUCUGAAUGCUUAGGCAGAGGUGGUUCUAGCUCCUCAUUCCAUCACAAUCUAGAUUCUCUUCCCACCAUGAUUAAUUUUGAUAUUGUUGAUGUUGAUAAUGAAGGUGAAUGUGAACAGCAAGUAGAACUGAGUCCAGAUGAAGAGGUGGAUUCAUCAUUUGAGACUUUUGACCACAAUUAUGUUCAAGAGUCUUUAGCAGAUUGUGAAGAACCAUUGUUUCAAAUGGACUUCCAGCAGCCGGAUCAAGGCUUUAACUGGGGGGUUGCUAGUCUUCCCCGUCACCUUGAUCAAUAUACUCUGAAUCCUUCCAUUACUGCACCGCUUUCACUUAUGCGAAGAAGUAAGUCCCUUGAUACAGAAACCAUGGAGCUUGAACUUGGUGGUCUCCAUUUGUCUAAAAGUGGCCUGAAAACCAAUGAUCAUUGCACUCGUUUGGAUGGUGAAAAGAACUCCUGGAAUUAUGAGCAUGAGUCUCUUGUGGGAGAUGGACAGUGGGAUGGCAGUCAUUUUUUGGAGAAGGAUAUUCAAAAGACUGGAAACUUUGAAUGCUAUCCACCGAUUAUAUCUUCAACGCAGAGCUGUCGCACAGAUCCCCAAAGCCAAAUUGUAAGUAACCAUCUGUCAAAACAAAACAAACAAAUGUCAAGCAGCACUAUGCAGUGUACAACUAGGCAUUCCCAAGAGGUGACUCACCUCUAUCGAUAUGGUGAAAACACUACAAAGAAGCUUGCACUUGUGUUACCGCUCGGAGAGAAGAGGGAGAUGGAUAUACAUGGCAGUCUUUAUGAUUCUGGAAAGCAAGUGCAAAACAAACCCGUGGGCAUUACACAAGCAAUUCCGCAGCAACACAAACAUGAAGAGGACUCUUUCGAACAAACAGUGAACUACCAAGAACUUUCUGGAUUCACUAAGAAAGGGACAGUUGAACCCAGGGGCUCUGAUGACUGGAGUAAUAAAUACAAUGAAUGUACAAACAGCUAGUGUUUGUGGGUAUUUUUUACCUUUCAUUAUGAAUAGGGUGGUAAAGACCUUUUAUGUGUCACUUAUUAAAAAACAAUGCUGGAGUGGAGAAAUAAACUUUUUUUACUACUGCAA